GCCAUUUGAUUAGCUGUUCAGGAGUCUUAUGUCUUGGGGCUAGAAGCUGUUAAGAAGCCUUUUGGACCUAGACUUGGCGCUCCGGUAACGGAAGCAGUGCGGUAGCAGAGAGAACAGUCUGUAACUAGGGUGGCUGGAGUCUUUGGCAAUUUUUUGGGCCUUCCUCUGACAGUGCCUGGUAUAGAAGUCCUGGAUGGCAGAUUGAUUAAUGAUUAUGCUUCUCUGUACGGUAGCCUCUGAGUGCCAUAGACAAAACACUGAGGAUAUAUUCGUAACCCCCAUUGUACCAUUACUUAACGAAAACGUCUUGUUUCUAGCCUAUACCGUUAAAACUUUAUGACUGUAUUACCGACACAAUGUUUUUUUCUUUCUGUCGUGGAUUGACCGGACUGCAUUUUACAUCCAGUAUAUAAAUCAUGUCACAGUCGUUCUGAAACUACUUGCGGUCCGCUAACUACUUGUAAAAUAACCUUGUUGUCAUCAUGUUAUAUCAUUAGCUAGAGUAAGCAAACAUUAAUGAAAAAUGUUCAUUUAGAAUCCUGUGUGUGUUGACUGUUAGCUUACAGUAUACCUCAAAGUACGACUUCUGUGUUACUUUUGUCGAAGAAAAUGUCCACAAUAUAUUUUUUUAGCAUUUGGAUUAAGUGCUGCGCCGUCAAUUGAAAAAUAUUUGAUCAAUGAUGUGCACUGGAAUGUCUGUUAAAUAAGCAGAAGACAUUAAUCAUAGUGUUUUAAGAACACAUUCAAGCUUCAUUCUUCUUUCUGAUUUUGGCUUGAACAAUGUUCAGUAACAUCAAUAUUUUUUACAAAAAUGAUCUAGAUCACUCAAGGGAGUAUUACACAGAGCUGGAGGAUUAUUGUGAAUUGACCUUUGGGGGACAUUGGAGGCACUAAAGGGCACAAAAGACCAGACAGCAACUUCCGCCACCAUGACCUCCUUCUCCAGCAGCAACAGCUUCAUGUCCUCUGCAUCUAUGGGCUCCUUUCGCCACAUGUCCAUGUCUAGUGGAGGUAGACACAUCAGCGCCAUGAGGGGCGGCAGCGUGUACGGGGGUGCCGGUGGGUCCGGGGUGCGCAUCUCCAGUGCUUCCAGCACCUUCUCUGCUGGUAGUGAGUCUGGUGGCAGCUCCAACCUAGCCGACGCUGUCUACCUGAACGGAAAUAAGAAGGCCACCAUGCAGAAUCUGAAUGAUCGCCUAGCCUCCUACCUGGACAAGGUCCGCUCCCUAGAGAAGGCCAACGUUGAUCUGGCGGUGAAGAUCCACCAGUCCCUGGAGAAAAAAGCCACACCUGAGAAUCAUGACUGCACUGCCUUCAAUGUCGUCAUCAGCAAACUCCAAAACCAGAUCUUUGAUGCCACUCAUAUGAAUGGAGGAUUCUACCUGGCUAUUAACAAUGCUAAAUUGGCAGCAGAUGACUUUCAAGUCAAGUAUGAGAAUGAGCUGGCUAUGACGCAAUGUGUGGAGGCUGAUAUUGCUGGGCUGAGGCGGGUGAGGGACGAGCUGACCAUUGGAGGAUCCAACCUGGAGAUGGCGGUUGAGGAGCUGAAGGAGGAGUUGGUCCACCUCAAGAAGAACCACAAGGAGGAGGUCAAGGCCCUUCGGGCGCAGGUGGUUAAUCAGACGGUCAACGUGGAGGUUGAUGCUGCCCCACAGGAAGACCUCACCAAAGUCAUGGCUGAGAUCCGUGAGCACUACGAUGCUGUUACUGCCAAGAACCAAAAAGAACUGGAGAGCUGGUUCAAUGCAAAGACAGAAGAAAUCCAGAAAACUGUCGCCUGCAGCACAGAGACCGUCCAAUCAUCCCAAUCUAAAAUCACUGAAAUUAAACGCAUAAUACAAAGUCUAGAAAUCAAAUUCCAAUCUGAACUCAGCAUGAAAGCUUCCCUGGAGGGCACCCUGGCUGACACACAGAACCGCUAUGCCAAUAUGCUAUUGAGUUAUCAGAUGCAGGUGACCAGCUUAGAGGGCCAUCUUGGUCAGAUACGUGGUGACUUGGAGCGCCAGGGACAGGAAUACCAGAUUCUGCUGGACAUCAAGACCAGGCUGGAGAUGGAGAUCACUGAGUACAGGAGACUGCUGGACGGAGAAAUGACAAGCAGUGUCUCGGCAGCCACCAAAACACACAAGGCGGUGACUAUCAUCUUGGAAAGUGUUGACGGCAAGGUGAUCAGUGAGACCAAGACCAAGUGAGACAUCUUAAAACGGGGAAUUCACAGAACAGAACACGAUCCCGCUGAUUCCUACUGUCAACCUUUCUCAGAAGCUGUGAUUCAAUUGGGUUGUGUAAACUUGUAUCUUGGGAUUUAUAUACUUCCUCUGAUACCUCCAGAGAGAUUUGUCAAUAAAACU